ACAUGUCCCCUCGCUAUGCCCCCACACCAUCGCAUUUCUCCUCCCACAUCCCAAUCUGGGUGCAUUUCACCUCCUACAUCCCAAUCCAGAUGCAUUUCCCCCCCUGCAUCCCCUGCAGCCUGCUGCAGUUCCCUCGGUGCAGCUCGACCUGGUUGCAUUUCCCCUCCUGCACCCCAAUCCGGAUGCAUUUCCUCUCGCUGGGGUCUGAGCCCCUUGCAUUUCCCCUCUGAUCCAGGAUUACGCAUCCAUGAGUAUUUGUACUUCCAAGUGCUGAGCCCCGGGGACAUCCGCUACAUCUUCACUGCCACCCCAGCCAAGGAUUUCGGUGGUGUGUUUAACACAAGGUACGACCAGAUCCACCUGGUGCCCGCGGAUCCUCCGGAGGCCUGUGGAGAGCUCAACAAUGGCGUCUUCAUCCAGGACCAGAUCGCCUUGGUGGAGAGGGGGGGCUGCUCGUUCCUGUCCAAGACACGAGUGAUCCAGGAGCACGGCGGGCGGGCCAUCAUCAUCGCCGACAACGCCUACGACAAUGACAGCUUCUACAUCGAGAUGAUCCAGGACAGCUCCCGGCGCACGGCCGACAUCCCCGCGCUCUUCCUGCUGGGCAGGGACGGGUACAUGAUCAGGCGCUCCCUGGAGCAGCACGGGCUCCCCUGGGCCGUCAUCUCCAUUCCUGUCAACGUCACCAGCAUUCCCACCUACGAGAUGAUGCAGCCCCCCUGGACCUUCUGGUAGCAGCAGAAGGCUGUGAUGGAUCAAGGACUUCCUGGUGCAUCCCAGGGUUUUGCUCUAAGGACCAGGUUUGAGGGAAGGAUCCCAACAUGCUCCAGAGAUCCUGCUGGACUCGGCCACAGGGAGAUCUUUCUGCUGGCACCGGUGUGUGGCAAGGGCAAACACCAAUGCCAGGGGGAACCUUGAGCCUGGCACCGAGCUGGGACUGUGUGGGAGGGAGGUGAGGGCCCAGAGCACUUCCCUGGAAAUAUUUGACCUUGUGCUGCUGAUCUGGAGGGAUGCAGGACUGGCAGGGAUGGGGGGAGAGUGAUACAGGCUUGGUCUGUACCAGCAGGGCUCACCUGAUGUCUGUAUAUUUUUGUCUGAGCUAAUGAAGUCUGAGUAAGUUUUAGAGAAA